UAUUGAUAAUAUCAAUGUAAAAAACUACUAAACUUUAGGUAGGAAGAAGUAAAUCCAACACCUUGGAUAUUAAUAUAUAUUAAUAUAGUGCAGUAAAAUGACCGAAAUUUCGGAACCACUGACCUUGGCCAGAGAUGUUAAGAGGUCAAUCGAGCUAUUAGAAAAGCUUCAGUCUAGCGGAGAUUUUCCAACUACAAAAUUGGCCGCAUUGCAAAAAGUGUUAAGCUCCGACUUCUUGAAUUCUGUACGUGAAGUCUAUGAACAUGUUUUCGAAACUGUUGAUAUCCAAGGAUCACACGAUGUUCGUGCCUCUGCAACAGCCAAAGCUACCGUGGCUGCUUUUGCUGCUAGUGAAGGACACGCCCACCCACGGGUUGUAGAGCUGCCAAAAACAGAGGAAGGACUGGGUUUCAAUGUUAUGGGUGGCAAGGAGCAGAAUUCUCCAAUCUAUAUAUCUCGAAUAAUACCUGGUGGAGUUGCAGAUAGACAUGGAGGACUUAAAAGGGGAGAUCAAUUACUCUCAGUUAAUGGUGUGUCUGUUGAAGGUGAAAAUCAUGAGAGAGCAGUUGAACUAUUGAAGCAAGCGGUUGGCUCAGUAAAGCUUGUCGUACGUUAUACCCCCAAAGUUCUUGAGGAAAUGGAAAUGCGAUUCGACAAACAACGUAAUACACGUCGUCGUCAAUAAAACCGGUUAAAUUUAUUAUUAUAAACAUUUAUCAGACAAGUUUUAUUACAAGCUUUGUGAAUCUCAUACAAACUAAAGUCGCUUUCUUUAGCUGUAAUUACGAGGGCUGCUGCUUACAGUUUCUAAUUGAUCCAAAUGAGUCUCAUUUAAGAGGUAGAAUAAUAUCAUCGCGAUGCAUUAAAAGAUAUUUAUAAAAUGAAAAUAUGUGUCAAAUAUUAGAUACAGCUCAACAGCGACCUUGUAUAUCAUUUGUCAUAAGUAACAGUGGACAGAAGACAUCGACGACCCGAUGAGCGACUACAAAAAUUAGAUGACACAUUUGUGGAGAGGCAUCCAAAAAAAUAAGCGAUGAAUGUCAUCUUUUUUUAUAUUCAUUUUGCGUUUAGGUUGGGAAAACUGCGUAUGAUUAAAUUUAUAAGAUGUCGUUUUUUUUGGAAAAUAUAUAGUCACUUUUUGCGUACCUGCAUUCAACCAAACCAAACCACCAUGGGUGUCCAGUUUUAUAAAAUAUAUUGUUGUUUUAGUUGCAUUUUUUCUAAGGAGCGAAAACGGCUCAGCAGUAAAUUUUGCUCUGGUCGGGUAGCCGCUUGAGUUUGCAUAUGUGUGUGCAAGCCAGCGAGCUCUUUCGAGUCGAGCACUCCUGCAUAUUUAGGUUUCAUGUGUGUGAAAUUGAAUUGAAUUUUGAACAAUUUAGAAAGGAGUCGGAAAAACUCAAAAGUCAAAUCAUAAAAUAUAAUAAUAUUGAAUGCCAUAAAGUGUUUAUUAAGGACAGCAGCAACCUUCGUAGUUUUGUGUAUCUUGGUUUUUUUUUACAUAGCCUGUUGGUAAUGAUUAAUUCCUUUCAAGAAAGCAACCAUUAAUCAAAAAUGUACCGAAAUCAUUAUUAUAUAGUCUUUAACAAACAAAUAUUGUACCAUAACUUUCAAAUUACGUUCUAAUUACGCAUAGUAAAAAUAUAUUCUGCAUUA